CUCCCCCCCGACCUGCAUCGUCGUCGCUGCAUCUUAUAUCCAUCUUUCGCGGUGAUCAAGAACUGUUUGUCGACUGUUCAAACCAUUGCACAUUCUGUCAUCCCUAGUCCUAGUCGCCUGCCUGGCCGCUUCUUCAGUGUUUCAAGUCCCACAGCAGUCGAGCCUUAUUUCGACGUCAAGGCGUUCAACCCCCGCAGCGUCGACUAACUUGCUCCCUACUCCGACACGUUGGUCCGCGACUCGCCGGCACUCAUUUCUGACACUAGACGAACGGCGUGAAUCUCACCCGAGAGCCUUGAACCUUCUUGUUCUUCUCUCGACAUGUGUUUCGGCAGCAAAGCCGACAGGGAUGAUAUUCCCGCCCCGCGUCCCGCACAACGACCUACCUCGGCCCAGCAAGACUUCAAGAUGAGCAGCAAUUACCACCAACCCCAGUACGCGCCGCCUUCUGGCCCGCCUCCUGCUCAAAGUUCGGCCCAGAACUACGGCCCUCCCUCCGGUCCGCCACCCAGCCAGUCGUACGCGCCUCCGAGUGGUCCACCCCCGGGUCGGAGUGAUGACUUCGCCCCACCUCCCGGCCCUCCCCCUGCACAUGGAGGCUACGCCUCGCCGUCCGGGCCUCCUCCCGGCCAGUAUGCGCCGCCACCUGGUCCUCCUCCUUCUCACCAGAACAACGACUUUGCACCCCCGCCAGGCCCCCCACCCGCCCACGACUACACGGCUCCUCCGCCCGGUCCCCCGCCAUCGGAUUCGAAGCCGAAACAUGACUGGGAGGCUGCCGUCCCAGACACCACCCUCUUCCCGCCGCCGCCGGCCUUUUUCAGCGGCUUCGAUCGUUCGCCCGCGAACAACUCUACCGAGCAGGAGGCCGAGGCGGGUGAGGCGUGGGUUAACCAGUAUCCUCUUGUGCAACCCAUCGACCUGGACCCCACCGCUCUCGAGGCCCUGCGCACUCACAGGAUAUGGCUGCUCCAGCCUCAAGGGUUCCGCGGGACCAUGGCCCAACCCGUCUCUGGUAAAUGGGAGGUUGCUACGCAACGGAAUGCCCCGGACAGCACCAUCAUUGGGUUCCCCCCUCUCUACUCUGUCAAGACGCACUCGCCUCACGCCACAGGACGUCCCUUCAAGAUCUACUAUGAAGUCAAGGUUCGCGGUUCGGCGAGGGAGGUUGACCUCGCUCUUGGCUUCACCGCCCUCCCCUAUCCUAACUUCAGACUCCCCGGAUGGCACCGUGGUAGUCUUGCGGUCCACGGCGACGACGGGCACAAGUACAUCAACGACAGAUGGGGCGGCAAGACCUUUACAGACCCUUUCCGCCCUGGUGAAACACUCGGCGUCGGUAUGUCGUUUACGGCUCAGGCCGGCAGCAUGACCGUCGACAUCUUCUUCACCCGGGAUGGCAGAUUAGUUGGCAGCUGGAACCUUCACGAGGAGAGUGACGCCGAGCAGGACCUGCCGGUCACUGGACUCGAGGGAUAUCACGACCUGAGCUGCGCCAUCGGCACCUUCCAGAAGAACGAGUAUGACAUCAUCUUUGAUCCAAAUUUGUGGAAGUACAGACCAUAAGGACACUGGGCUUUGUUUGAGGAAAGGAUAUAUCGGGGGCCGGCAGCUCCAGCUCCGGGCUGCCAGCUGGGAACAAAUUCGACACUUCACUCGUAUCAUAAUCUAAGUUCAGCUCUUC